AUGAGCUCAUUGGCAGCUGCGCGCUACGGCAAGGACAAUGUCCGCGUCUACAAGGUUCACCGCGAUGAAAAGACCGGUGUUCAGACUGUCGUGGAAAUGACCGUCUGCGUUCUUCUGGAGGGCGACAUUGAGACCUCCUACACCAAGGCCGAUAACAGCGUUGUCGUCGCAACAGACUCGAUCAAGAACACAAUCUACAUCACAGCGAAGCAGAACCCCGUAACUCCCCCGGAGUUGUUCGGCUCAAUCCUGGGUACACACUUUGUCGAGAAGUACAGCCACAUCCACGCGGCCCACGUUAAGAUCGUGACCCACCGCUGGGUGCGCAUGGACGUCGACGGCAAGCCUCACCCGCACUCCUUUGUCAAGCCGGGCUCUGAGACCCGCGACGUCCAGGUCGACGUCAUUGAGGGCAAGGGUAUUGAUAUCACCUCCUCUAUCAACGGUCUCACCGUGCUGAAGAGCACCGGCUCCCAGUUCUGGGGCUUCCUGCGCGACGAGUACACUACCCUCAAGGAGACUUGGGACCGUAUUCUUAGCACCGAUGUCGCGGCCAACUGGCAGUGGCGCCGCUUCACUGGCCUCUCUGAGGUCAAGGCGCACUUCCAAAAGUUCAAUGCUGCCUGGGAAGCUGCCCGCGCCAUCACCCUCAAGACCUUCGCCGAGGAGAACAGCCCUUCAGUCCAAGCGACCAUGUACAAGAUGGGAGAGCAGAUUCUGGCUGCCGCGCCUUUCGUGGAGACUGUUGAAUAUUCGCUGCCCAAUAACCACUACUUUGAAGUUGAUCUCAGCUGGCACAAGGGCCUCAAGAACACCGGCAAGGAUGCCGAGGUUUACGCGCCCCAGUCUAAUCCCAACGGCCUUAUCAAGUGCACUGUUGCCCGCGCUGGCCAGAAGGCUAAGCUGUGA